AUGUCUAAGCCACCGUUCACUCGGCAGACUGCGCAGGAGAAAGUAAAGAAAGCUCAAGACUUGUGGAACGCCCAGAAGCCUGAAGAAGUUGCAAAGAACCCGUGCUCCCCUGUGCUCGUACUGACCCACCUCCUANNGGCCUACACCUUGGACUGCAUCUGGCGCAACAGAGACCACUUUUUCAGCGGGACUGAAGCCAUCAUCGACUUCNNCCUGACCCGCAAGUGGGCCAUAGAAAAGGAGUAUAGCCUUCGCAAGGAACUGUUCGCAUUCGGCGACAACAAGAUUGCCGUGCAGUUCUGGUAUGAGUUCAAGCACGCCGAAACGGGCAAGUGGAUGAGAUGUUAUGGGCUCGAAGACUGGACAUUUGCCGAGGAUGGCAAGAUGCGCAAGCGACAGAUGAGUGGUAACAACAUCGAGAUCAGCGAGGCCGAGCGCUGGUUCAAGGAGGGUGUUGACGUGAACUCGGUGGAUAUUUCCGAAGCUCACUGGUAG